AUGCCGUCCUCCACGUCCUCUCCCUCUCUUGAAGGGGGUCCCUCGAUACGCAUUCGUCUGGACGUUGCAGAGCAGCAUUUGCCGCCCUCCGUGCUGCAGCUGCUGUCUCUUGGUCGGGAACCCCCUGCUGCAGACUCCCCAGAAGCGUCUUCAGUUCCCGGAGCAGCAGAAGCAUCUUUCAGUGUAGGAGAAUUUGUUAGAAGAGUGAGCGGGGAGGAGAAAUAUUCAGGGGCUGCAUUUUUGGAAAGCAGCAAAGCGCCGUCACUUUCAUCCUCCUCAGUUCCUGUCGAUCCAGCCUGUAUGUACACCCCGAACAACACGGCCUACAGCCACGCCGUCUCCCUUUUGUCGCAGCUGUCAUCGCACCUUGGAUCGCUGCUUCCAGGAGUCUCCUACUUUGCAGAGUUGCUCCGACCUAGCGGCAGCAGCCGCAGUGAAUCUAGCAGCGACAGUGUUGCGCAGCAUGGCAUGCCGAAUGCAUCCGCUUCUCUGCGCUUCCGCGGGGACGGCAGCGAUGAUGCAGGAGCACAAGAGGAUGGACUUAGCUCCUGCUGCAUAGAGCAGCUGCAGCAGCAGGUACACCGCAUCUCGCAGCAUGUGCAAAAGCUGCAUCAGCAGACGCAGCACAGUGCCGGUCGUCUCGAGGCAUCCGUGGAGGAAGCAGACAAACUGCUAGAUGCGGAGCAGGUUGUUGUGGGGGCAUUGCAAUUUCUUCGGUGUCUGAAACGCCUCCAGUCAGAGGCUUCAAAUCACAAAAAGCUGGAAGCACUGGCAGCAGACAAAGAGAACGGCAGCGGCAGAGAUUCCACCGAAUCGAAGGGCACUAAUAAAGACGCUCCCCCGACAGGGGCGACUCCCGGAUGUUUUUCGCUUCGUGAACUCAAGUGCUUGCAGCCAGAUGUACUAGGCGUUGGUGAUAGCCUCAAGUGCCUAUUCGCGCUGCAGCAGCCGCAGCUGACAUUGGAGUCUGUGUUGCAGCGAAUGACGGCAGAAGUCUGUCUGCCUCUACCAAUAGACUCACUACGUGCUGCUGCAGCAGCUGCAGCAGCUUCUGGCAGUGCCGCACUUGCAGCAGCGGCGACUUCUCCACAAGGCGCAACAAGUGGGGGGAAAGGGCAGCAGCUUACGCCUGCAGCAGCGGAUGUGGCAGCCUACUGCGACGGCUCAACAAGCAGCAGCAGCAUCUCUUUGGUGUGCUGCACUCCUUUCCAGCACCAAGUCGCUGCAUGGGCUGUCUCUGGACUGUCGUCUUUAGAAGAGAAACUACGUCAGGCCUUCCUUCUUGAUAAGGUGCUAGCCAGUUCUGAUGCUUCCCCCUUUUCAAACACAACAAUGGGGGACUGGCUACGCGAGAGGGGCUUUGUUCCCUCCGUUGCAGCGGAGCUGCUGCGCAAAGUGUCUGUACACCUCAGGAAUUGCUGCAGACAAUUAACAACCCGCAGCCGAACGCUGCAGCAACUUGCAGAACACUUCUCCCCCCAGCUGCUGCAGCAAGCGCAACAAGAGCAACAGCGGCAAGCGCAACAAGAGCAGGAGCAACAGCGGCAAGCGCAACAAGAGCAGGAGCAACAGCAACAGCAGCACCAGGAGAAGAAGCGCAGUAGCAGCAGCAGCCGCGUGCUGCAACGCCUGUACAAGCUUAGGCAUUGCAUCAACAGCAGUAACAAUGUAUACCCUACAGCGGGAGAUCUAAGAGCAUUUUUGCGACAAAUGCUGCAACACCUUGCGACUUCACAAGUUGCAGGGGAGCCGCUUUUCGAGCAGGCGAGGGCUGCCUGCGACAGCUCUUUGGCUUUGUUCAUGUGGUUGUGCGCGCUGCAAAUUCCUCCAGCAGCAGCAGAGUCUCCUUCUCUUCUAGACGAUACACCGCAGCACAAUGUAAGGAUGCAAGCAGCAGCAGCCAUAGUGUCGUUGGACCCUGCUGUAGGAGCACUCCGUACAACAGCAGCGGCCCGGCUGUGCCUGGCGAAGACGUACAGUCUCUUUUCUUUGAUGCUGCAGCGCACGAAACAGGCUGCGCAGAAAGAUGCUGGAGGCUUCGAAGGUUCAGCGGCAGCCGCACUGCUGCAACUCAAAGCCUUCCAGGAAAUAGAGGCUCUGAAGAAGGAGCUGAUGCAGCAGUGGUUCUUAGGGCCUCCGCUCACGCUUAUUUACCAGCAGAUCUUUGCUGUGCUGCCGAUCGAGGUGCAGCAGUUGCAGCAAGAGCAGCAGCGGGCUGACCCCCUCAGGUGCAUGCGAAGGUUUGAGAGGGCUGUGAUGCAGCUGAAGCAGCAGUAUCUGUCUCUGCUGCCUCCUCCCCUUCGCGACAUGGAAGCGAAGGGUCUAUGCGUUCAGUUGCUCCAGGUCCGCCGGUUGCUGUGCCUCUCUACCCCACACCUGCUUUCUGAAUACGCCAUGCUGCAACAGCAGCAACGAAAACAGCAGCAAGAACAGUUGCAGCACCCCCUACAGCUGCAGCAGCACACGCAGCAGCAGCAGCAGCAGGCGAUGUGUGCCUCCGUUCCGGUUUUGCUAGCUGCAAUUCAUGUGCUACAGAGAGUGCAGCAAGGCAGCACCUUGGGACUGCAGCAGUUAAUAGGGCUGAGCGAUGAACAGCUGCUGUUGUCUGCUGCUGCUUAUUUGAGGAGCCUCCCCGAAAUACGGGAUGAGGCGAAUGCAUCUGUUGCUGUUGCUUCUACAGUGUCUGUCUCCGACUCUGUGGCCGUCCCUUUUUGUGCUGUCGUUGCCGCUGCCACUACAGCUCUCAGAGUUGGGUGUACGUACACCCUGGAACAGCAGUUGAUGCAGCAACAACCAUUAGGAGAACUGGAGCAGCUAGUGUCUGCUCUUGGUUUGCUACAACAAGAUGCAGAAAAGGACGGUUUUUAA